GCCAUUUGAUCAUGAAAAUUUAGUUAAAUGGGAAAGCAAACUCCAUGCUUUUCUUGCCUCCACGCAUGUUAUUACCUUUAAACUCAUUUCAUUCCUCCUUUCAUAUCUCCCAAAUACAUUUCCAAAAUUGAAGUUUAAAAAUUAAAGAUGGUGAGGCCUCCUUGUUGUGACAAGCAGAACGUGAAAAGAGGUCUUUGGUCUGCAGAAGAAGAUGCAAAGAUACUCGAAUACGUAUCGAAGCAUGGAACCGGAAACUGGACUGCUGUUCCAAAAAGAGCAGGACUUAGGAGAUGUGGUAAAAGUUGCAGGCUUAGAUGGACUAAUUACUUGAAGCCAGAUCUCAAACAUGAAAGCUUCACACCCAAAGAAGAAGAACUUAUUGUCCGGCUUCAUGCAGCCAUUGGUAGCAGGUGGUCUAUAAUAGCCCAAGAACUUCCUGGCAGGACAGACAAUGAUGUUAAAAACUACUGGAACACUAAGCUCAGAAAGAAGCUCGCUGACAUGGGAAUUGACCCUGUUACCCAUAAGCCUUACUCUCAAAUACUAGCAGACUAUGGAAACAUUGGUGGACUACCAAAAACUGGGAUUCGAAUUGGGUCUCUAAACAAGGACUUAAAGAAUGCAAUUCUCAUGAAACCUGAACCGUUUGCACUCCCACCACCACAACAAAGGUUGUCAAAUCUCAGUACCAAUUCGAUCCCAACAAUGGUUUUGCCCAAAUCAGAACCAACCCAUGAAAGCAUGUUUAACAACAAUCAGUCCAAUAACCAGUCUUUGGAUCUUCUUUCCCAGCUUCAAGCUAUAAAAAUGGUAACAGAGGCUUCAAACUGCAACAACCAUGAAUUUUCUAACCCACAAGACUUUUGGAACCCAAAACCCACUCUUUCUUCACCAUCAUCUUCUUCUUCUACUUGUACUUCAUCAGCUAUGCAGCAAGAGAAAUCAGCCAUUGCCUUCAAUUGGAAUGAUUUCCUUCUUGAAGAUGAAUUUCUUCCAAGUAAUUACCCACAAGAACAAGAAACCAUGGUUGAGUUUUCAUCUUCAGAGAUUUUGAACCAGACACAGAACACAAUAAUACCAGAGACCCAUAUUCAGAUUGAAGCUGGUUUACAGGAAUAUAAUGGAGAAAUUGGGAUGGAUAAUACUUUGAGCUCAAGCAAUGAAGUUCAUGAUUUAUCAUCCUCUUGUGAAAGUUCAUUUGUGGAUGCCUUGUUAGCUAGAGAGGAUGAGAUCCUGUUGGAAUUCCCUGAUCUUCUGGAAGAACCAGUUUACUACGGACUUUGAUCAGUAGCUGAUCAUCUCUCUGGUUUUUCUCUUAUAGUUUUUUCAAAGUUUAUGGCUUUUAUUACUCUUACGAAAAAUGUAGUAAUAUUUUGAGAAUAAGGACAUUUCUUGUUUUAGACCAUGCCUACAUGGAAUUGAAGCUUUAACAAUUUGGGUUGUGAUUAUUAUUAGCUGCCAACAAAGUUCAAAGCUUCAAGUCAACCAAAAAGAAAGGACUUUGAAUACGUAUGAGUCUCCUUUUGUUGAAAACCAUGUACUUCACAUUUUAAUUCACCGAAAAAAAAAAAAAAUGUACUUCAACUCUAUCAACUUAAAUUAUGUAGGAAUUGAAAGAAAUGGCCAGCCAUUUUUGAAUUUUA